CGCUCAAAAUUAACUGUGCAGCCGUGAUUUCCCUUUACUUUAUCUCUGGGUGUGGAUAAGGAUCAUAAAAUGACUGGAGAAUUGUCAUUGAACAUUAAUGUCAAAGAGCCUCGAUGGGACCAGAGCACUUUUAUUGGGAGAGCAAAACACUUCUUCACAGUUACGGACCCCAGGAACAUUCUUCUAACAAAUUCACAGCUGGAACGUGCCAGGAGAAUAAUACAUGAUUAUAGGCAAGGUAUUGUCAUGCCCGAACUUACAGAAGAUGAACUGUGGAGAGCAAAAUAUAUCUAUGAUUCUGCAUUUCACCCAGAUACAGGAGAAAAGAUGAUUCUUAUCGGUCGAAUGUCAGCUCAGGUGCCAAUGAACAUGACAAUUACUGGAUGUAUGAUGACUUUCUAUAAAACUACUCCAGCAGUGGUUUUCUGGCAGUGGAUUAACCAGUCCUUCAAUGCUAUUGUGAACUACACCAACCGAAGUGGAGAUGCUCCAAUAAGUGUAAGCCAGCUUGGUACAGCUUAUGUCUCUGCUACAACUGGUGCAGUAGCAACAGCUCUGGGUCUUAAUUCACUAACUAAGCGCGUGACACCUCUAAUAGGACGCUUUGUUCCAUUUGCUGCAGUAGCUGCUGCCAACUGUAUAAAUAUCCCUUUAAUGAGACAAAGGGAAUUGAAGCAUGGAAUCCCAGUAACAGACGAGAAUGGACAACGGCUAGGAGAAUCGACACAAGCUGCUCAGCAGGCUAUUGCACAAGUAGUUGUCUCUAGGAUUCUCAUGGCUGCUCCAGGCAUGGCUAUCCCUCCUUUUAUCAUGAAUAUGCUGGAAAGGAAAUCAUUUUUGAAACGAUUCCCAUGGAUGAAUGCUCCGAUUCAAGUGGGUUUGGUUGGAAUCUGCUUGGUGUUUGCUACGCCUCUUUGCUGUGCAUUGUUUCCACAAAAAAGCUGUAUUUCUGUAAGCCGACUGGAGCAUGACGUUCAGGCCAAAAUUCAAGAGACUGGUCCUGGAUUGGAGCAAGUUUACUUCAACAAAGGCUUGUAAACAUGUGAAACCAGCUAAGAAGAAAAAAAGUGAUCCAGUUUAUAGUGAGGUUAAAGUUGAUGUGACGAGACUUAAAAAACUGUUUUUCUUUGUCUAACUCAGUUGUAUAUUUCAAUAUUUUUAAAAAAUCUAUUUAAUCUCUUAGAAAUACUGCUCAAAAUUAAUUCCAAAUGACAACUGGAGUCAGAUUUUUUUUAAAAAAGGCAACAAUUUGUCUUCUCAGUAUCUCUGGAUAGUUUUCAAAUAUCACUUGAUACGGUAUUAAUGUGCACCUCUUGUCAAUCAACUGACACGGUAUAAGAAUUACUUUGAAUGAAAUGUGUCUUUACUGCAUUUCACCUUUCUCGAUAAUGUGUUCCUCUUGUGUUCACAGUUAAAAACAGAGGAAAAGGUUUCUCAGUAGCAUAGAUCAGAAAAAACAAUUGUGAUUAUGUUAAGUAUUAUGCCAGUGUGAUUGUAUUAGUUAGCUGAAACAUUCCAUUCCAAAGCAAGGGGAAAGGCCCGUAUAUGAAAGUAUCAGAAGUUAAUUCUCUGUUAAAUGGUAUGUCUUGUUGGAUUUUGAUUGUAAAGUUUAGAUUUCGGACAAGGAAUAAAGGAAAACAUAUCUAGGUACUUGAAGCAAUGCAGAAAUUCUAUGACUAAUCAAUACACAAUAAUGGUUUUAUAAUUUAUAAUAUUGAUAAUUGUGCAAUAAAACAUUAAUGUUGCUCUCCAAGCACAUUCUUGCAAUAAUUUGGAUUCCUAGAUAUCUAAACUUUAGGACGAUUUUAAUGGAAAAUGUAUUAGCAAAAUAUCGUACCAGUAUUGAGUCAAUGGAAGUGUUGUAUUAUUGUAGGUGAAAACUGGAUAAUAAAAAUUCAAUGGAAAGUUGAACAUCAAAAA